UUCCGAUUCGGACUGUGUUGUGAAAGAUCGCCUGUUUCUGGAUCUCACCAAGGAAUUUACUGUCUCCGGAUGGGUUCAACUGAUGCCCGUCAAUGAAGGAAAAUCGGCUGGGGAUAUCCUAUCAAUCGAAUCUCCUUCUUUUCCUUCUCCAAUUUUCUCAAUAUGGGUCGAAUUUCCCGCAAGUACUGUCCAUUUUUCCUGCAUGCAAGCAGGGAAUGACACGAUCAAGAUAGUAAAGACCGGCGUCACGGCCCCUAAGACCACGUUCCACCUAGCUAUCGAGUACGAUUUAGGCGCUUUUACGGUAUAUGUGAACGGAGAAAAAUGUAAGACAAUCCCAGAAGCGUGCCCAUUGCCCAACCCUGAUCACGUAUGUCUCUUCCUUCAAGAGGCGAGAUCUUCGUUCAACUUACAGAUUUCUGGCAUAAAGAUAUACUCAGAGAGUUUAGAUGAGGUCAGGAAUGACGUUCUUUUGAUGAAUCGGGCACUAAAAUUUACUACUGAAGGGAGACGUCAAGGCCAUUUUCGCGGAGUUGCGGGAAACACUGGACACAAGCACGA